AUGGCGAUAUCUUCAUUCUGCACCUUCUUAUCAACGCUCAGUGUCUUCGGGUUAGUCAUAAUUGUCGCAGCUACUGCAGAUAAGGAGUUGCCUUGUGAUUUUCGGGACUCGAUUAAUAUUAGCAGCGGAUCGCUUGACGGGCAGCGAAAUAUUUUAUAUGACGGAAUUAAUUAUAGACCAGAACAUUACGGUUUGAUAAACUACGACUAUGUGAGCUACGAUGUAAGAAUUGCAGUUCCUAGUUAUUAUCGUGGGUGCAUCUGCCAGUUAACGAACUGUGUACGACUAUGUUGUCCAAUGGACUAUUGGUUUUCGAAUGAUGGUGAGAAAACAUCCUGUAGUGAGGCACCGAGCGGAUCGCCUUUUAAGGUGUGGGCGAACGUUAGUUCCGUAAAUGGAACUCGCUUCAACGAUUUGGUUGGUGACGUGAAUUAUGGAUUCGUUUAUGGCAAGCCAUGUCCGGGAGUUUUCCCUGGUGAUUUGGAUGAGUGGCUUCUAGAUGACAGUGGCACGAUUCAAACCGUGGAAGAUAUUAGUAUCCCGCAACCGGAAUACUGCUUGGCGAUAGCGGACAGUAUCAGUACGGCUGUUCCAUAUCUAUGUCCCUUUAUCGAAGAGGCAAAAGUGACUUACUCUAUCGGAAUUGUUUUGUCAAUCCCCUUCCUAGUGGCCACACUGCUAAUCUACGUUUGCAUACCGGAGCUACGAAACAUCCACGGAAAGUCGUUGAUAUGUUACACUCUGGCGCUGACCGUAGCCUACAUUGUGCUGAUACUGAUCAACUUUCACAGUACCCUGAUUCCGUGCAACGUGCUCGGGUACCUGUUGUACUUCUCGGUACUGGUUAGUUUCUUCUGGUUGAAUGUAAUGUGCUUCGACAUAUUUUGGACCUUCAGCAGCGGGGUGGUAAUACGGAAUGAAAGGAAGCGCUUCCUGCAUUACGCACUGUACGCCUUCGGCUGCCCGGUUGUUAUUCUGGUGGCAACAUUAAUCUUUGACCACACCGAAUUGCUGGCAGAAGAGUUUAGACCACGCUUUGGAGAAUCUGGAUGCUUCGUUUUCCGCGAUAAGAUGAUUGAAUUUGUGUAUUUCUACCUGCCUUUGCUUAUUCUGGUGAUUGCAAAUUUAUACUUUUUCGUGGUAACCGCAAUUCGAAUUGUGCGAAUCCAGCGUGCAACGGACGCCGCCCUGCGGAAUGAUUCCAGACGGCACAGCAAGUUCGAGAAGGAUCGCUAUCGGUUCAGUCUCUAUUUGCGACUUUUCAUAGUGAUGGGUGUAACGUGGACGUUCGAAAUACUUUCCUGGGCUGUGGGGAGCAGUAAUUGGUUCUUCUACCUAUCUGACAUUUGUAAUUGCUUACUGGGUGUAAUCAUAUUUUUUCUGUUCGUUUGGAAGCAGAAAGUAAGACAGUUGGUGGUAAAAAGAAUAGGUAACAACCAGCAGCUGAGACGUCUCAAAACAACAUCCGCGAGCGCCGGUUCUGUCGGGGAUGCUACCAAGUUUUCUAGUAUUCAGGAUUCAACCGUAUCCCAACCACCGGCUAUGGCCUGAGAAGAUUCUAAAAUGUUCAUGCGACGCGAGUGCUGUUGUAGUAAUUGUAUACCACAAAGUUACAUGACACAAAACUUCAAUACAUUACAAUGCAAUGCUGAAACUAUAAGUAAACCCAAUAAAGGGAAGUUACAAGUAAAAGCUAGUAUAUGAAAUAUGCUAUUUAGGAAUCGUGCACAAAUUACGUAUCACAUGGGAGAAGAGGAAAGUCAAGAUAUCGUUGCUUAUUUUUAGAAGGAUGGGAAAGGAUAGGUCGUGAAAACUUAUUUAACAUUAUUGACCAAAGAAAUAGAAACAAACCAAGAAGUCACGAAUUACCCAAAGCUGGUUAAAGUGACUAUAAUCUAAACAAAAAAAAAAU